CAAGUUCAAAGUCCAAGUCCAAAGUCCAAGUCCAAAGUCCAAGUCCAGGUCCAAGUCCAAAAUCCAAUCCAAGUACUGACGCCGAGCUACGCUCAAGUUAUUACUUACAUUACCCGAGCUUUUUUUUUUUUACACCUCAUAAACCUCCACGACCAACCACGUCAACAACCAACAUCUGCAACUUUUUAGGUCGCUCGAUGCGGUUAUGUUGCGGACUUCGUUGCGAUCCGUGAGGGCCGUCGGCAGCCAGCCCAUUGCUGCUGCCGCCGGUCGUCAAUGGCAUCCCGCGGUCGCAAGAUCUGCGAGGGUCGCCGGAAGGAGAUUCUAUGCUGGCGACAAGAAGAUUUCCUUGGACGAUUCGAAGCCCGUCAAGCUACCGAGCGCCGAGACCAACACAGCAGCUGCCAGCCAACCUCCCCUUCUGAAGCUCGAGUCUGAUGUUGCCAAAUCAUCAGUCAAGCCUCAGGAUAUUCCCCUCGAGCCCCCGGCUCCUGAAACCACAGCAACUACUCCCGUGGCACCCAAAACCCCAACAGGACCUGUCGAGACUACGGCUGUCCCAACCGGGCCUACCGUCGCCGCUACCGCUCCUGUCAAGAAGAAGGGCUUCCUCCGACGUCUUCGCAACCUCAUCAUCACCCUGACCCUUCUGGGAGGACUCGCGUUCGGCGGUGGUAUCUGGUACUCGCGCAUCAACGACAACUUCAACGACUUCUUCUCCGAGUACAUUCCCUUUGGCGAGCAGGCCGUGCUCUACUUCGAGGAGAAAGAGCUCCGCAGGCGUUUCCCUCGUCCCGUCGGAGCCGGUAGCCUCCAUGCCAAGGAUGCUGGCAACCAGGUCAAGAUCGGUCCUCAGAGCGGUGUAUCGUGGAGAGUAGCAGACAGCGGCGAGCAGGCCCCGAGGAUGUCGAGCGCCAUGCGUGAUGUUGUUGCCAAGCAGGAUCCCCCCACGGAGACCGCAGCGCCUCCUAAGAAGGAAGAGCCGGCCGUGGACCCCAAGGUCAGCGCUGUCCCGGCUCCGGCUCACUCUGCUCUUGAGGCCAAUGGCGACAAGUCUGCCCAGAAGCAAGCAAAGGAGGACAAGCCUGCCAAGCCUGCGUCAAAGUCCGCCAGCGGUUUCAAGGCCCCUGAAGUUGAUGAGCCCUCGCGGUUCCCUCCUGCUUCGCCUAUCGAUCCCCUCAAGGUCAACGAUGCCCAGGAGCCCGUAGUCCAAAACCUUGUCAAGAUGCUCAAUGACAUCAUCACCGUUGUCAACGCCGAUAAUGCUGACGAUCGCUUCUCGGCCACCAUCGGCAAGGCCAAGAACGAGCUCAACAAGGUUGGUUCCCAAAUUCGCGAUCUCAAGGCUGAGGUUGAGAAGGAAGCCGCUUCAAAGCUCUCCACCAAGGUCAACGAGUUUGAGGCUGCCGCCAACGAGCUCGUCGGUCGUGUUGAGAAAGCCAUGGCUGCCCAAGAGGGUCAAUGGCGCGAGGACUUCGAGACUGAGCUAAAGCGCAUCCAUGAGAUCUACGACAAGCGCGCAAAGACAGAGUUUGAGCGUGAGAAGCUCGUCAACGAGCAGAAGUUGGAGAACAAGCUCCUGGAACAGGCUGUCGAGCUCAAGCGCCAAUUCAACCAGCAGGUCAAGGAGGCCGUGGAGGGUGAACGCCAGGGACGUCUCAGCAAGCUUGACCAACUAAGCUCGUCUAUUCAGGAACUUGAGAAGCUGACCACAGGCUGGAACGAUGUCGUCGACACCAACCUGCGUACUCAACAACUCCACGUCGCCGUCGAGGCUGUUCGUGCCAGCCUUGGCGACAACGAGCACCCCCGCCCAUUUGUCCGUGAAUUGGUUGCUCUUCGUGAGAUUGCCAGCGACGACGAAGUCGUGAAUGCCGCCAUUUCUUCCAUCAACCCUUCGGCCUACCAGCGUGGCGUCAGUUCACCGUCGCACCUCAUUGACCGCUUCCGCAGGGUCGCCUCCGAGGUCCGCAAGGCCAGCCUUCUCCCCGACGAGGCUGGUGUUGCAAGCCACGCCAGCAGCUGGGUCUUGAGCAAGGUCAUGUUCAAGAAGGAGGGCCUUGCCGCCGGCGAUGACGUCGAGAGCAUUCUCACGAGGACGCAGACGUUCCUCGAGGAGGGCGACUUGGACAAGGCGACACGUGAAUUAAACGGCCUGCAGGGAUGGGCAAAGACGCUCAGCCGGGACUGGCUGGCCGAGGCUAGGAAGGUUCUGGAGGUUCAGCAGGCACUUGAGGUCAUCUCUACCGAGGCCAGACUACAAAGCUUGAAGGUGGAGCAGUGAUUGACUUGAGACGGCAGAAACGGGGAGGCUCUGGAGGGGCCAUAUUUUCUAUGUCAACUGUACAUCCUGUGAGCCAAUGCGUAUCCCUAGAGGAAAAGGAUCAGGCGGCCGGGUUUGUCGUUGGCCGGCUGGUCUUGUGUAUUAUGGAAAAACAUGCAAUAGAUGGCGAUU